CACAAGAGCAAUGGAAAGUUCAUUGGACCAGCCUCAAGCUUUGGAAAAAUAGAAAUCGAUUAGAAAGUCACUGUCAAAGUGAAAUAAGAGAAGAGGGGAAAGGAUGGGCAAUGCUUCGUCUGAUCAUCGAGGAUGCUGUAGAAGUAUCAACAGUUUGAUGAUGAGUCCAAACAUCUCAAUGCGCUUCCUUUAGAUCCUAUGGAAUGUUCGAGGUUGUCAACUACCACAGGCUGUUGUUGCAAUGAUAGUCAUUCAGUAAAUUAGCAACUGAGAACACGACGAUCAUUAGAUCCGAGGUACCACCAAGCUUGGUUCAACAGCCUGCAGGAAAGCCCGGCACUUUUGACCGUGAUGGAAGCCGGAUAGGAAAGACCUUCCCGUGCGCCACACGAAGCCUGGCAGUGCUUGUUCAAAUGUUCAAGUGGUUCAAACUUACAAAAUGAUUCUCAUUAAAUCUCAACAAUGUCAAUUGCUGCAGCAGCGGGGGACCUUGAGCCACCAAGAUAUACCCCACGAGAACAAGCUACAACCUCAUCUGACGAAAAUGCCCCACCUGAAUACUCGAUAACCUACUCCUUCUCUGCCCUCUCUGCCAACUCUAUGCUCCUUCUGCCACCUCUAGCUUCCCCAGAGACACGGCCCAGGUACCACAUCUCCGUUUCUCAGAAUUGUUUCACCCCAAUGUCGUGGAUCACCACUGUCCGGCGAAGUUCUGCUGCAGAUGGAGAAAUUCUAGGAGAAUUCGAAUUGGGCAUUCAAAUGGGCGGAAUGGGCAGCUCUGAGAGGCGUCCAACUAUAUUCAUGCACGGUAGGGGUCCGGACGAGGGAGAGAAGUGGCUGGAAGAUGUAUACAACGACAAUUAUGCUCAUCAUGUAACCUGGCAAUUGCCUCCUGGGCAAGGACAUCUCUACUGGGACAUCCUUCGCUCCAAUAAGAAAUGUUACGCUUCCAACUCCCCUCGCCCACAUCCUCUCCUGGCAGAAUUUAUACCUCAACCCUCAAACUCCAACUCCAGACUCCGUCCAUCCCCUCGAUCAUCUCUAUCCCACUCGUACCAGUCUUACCAGCUGAAAGUAUACCCACAAGGUUUUGAAUACCUGGAUGAUAUCCUCCUCUCCGCUCUCGUAUACGAGCGUAAGCGUACUACUCCUUGCUUCCAGACCAAAGCACCCGCGUCGGUGGCGAAGAUGAAAUAUGAACGGUAUCCCGUCAUUGCGUCUUCGGUAUCAAGCAGUUCGAGUGUGCGGAGUAGUGUAACUUCCAGCAUUUCUAUUCAAGCUUCGAAUUCUUCAACCUCUCGAGCCGCUGGGUCAGAAGCCUCGAUACAUUACCUGUGAUAUAUCUAUGUUUAUUGAAAUAUAAUAUACCCAUGCUCAAGAUAUAAGAAAGAACUCUUCAGCUUGAACGGUGAUAUCGGUCGGAUGAAGAAGCAGUGUCAAAUCUUUUAUCAAACACAUCUAUGGAUUGUCCUAUUUGACGUUCAGCGCUCUCUACUUGCACUGUUCAAUGCAC